GCUACCAAAGACCAAAGCUCUCCUUGUUCAGUGAAAGAAGGAGCAAUAACCGCCCAAUCUGCCAAUAUGCCGUCGGCCCUUCCUUCGCCGUCAAGCAUAUUGUCUCUCCCCCAGGAACAGCAGUUCCAAGUCCUCGAUACUCUCUUUGAACCGUCACCGGAACUCCACGCCAUCACAGGCCCUGUCCUAGCAUCCCAAUCAUUCGCCUCAUAUGCUAGCCUGGCUGAUGCCGUGGGAAGUCAAUUUCUAGCGCUAUCUUUGUCACAGUCGCUUUCGGACAGGCAGACGCUCAUGAAGAUCCUGGGAUCGCAUCCUCGACUGGGCAGACCACCCGCCCAAGUUACAGAACAUUUAAGCGAGUUGAGCAGAGAGGAACAGGUCAAUUUGAACACAUCAGCUGCGGAGGACCAGGUGGAACGUUUGAGUCUGUUGAAUCAUGAAUACGAAAAUAAAUUUCCUGGGUUGAGAUUUGUAACAUUUGUCAACGGUCGAAACCGAGAUUUGAUCAUGGAAGAAAUGCGCCAGAGGAUUGACCGUGGUGAUCAAAGCCGGGAGAUUGAGGAGAAUAUCCAGGUUAGUUGUUCGUGUCGCAUCACCAUUCGGAUACUGAUAUCUGGACCACAGGCCAUGUGUGAUAUUGCCAAAGACCGUGCGAAGAAACUACAGCAACCAGCGAAUAUAUGACAUGUCCGAU